AUGAAGAAAUGGCAAGCACAACUAGAAGCUGCCAGUACUUUCAAGGACGAUGACAGCAUGGUCAGCGAUGGAAGCUUGAACAUGCAGAUCUACAAGUCGACAUUGAAGAUGGAUUCAUUGAAGCACUGUUCUCAAUGGACCAAAGACAACAAGAAACCUUUCAAGUCCAAUGGAAGUAAGCACUGGGAUAUCGAUCUUGGUGUGCAUCUUGAUUCUGGAUCUACGUUCAGCCUACGAAUGAACGAAGAUUACGCCAAACCGGGCACUGUGUCUGGCCUGGAUUACAUGUUCAACUACAGUACAAACACUGGCCAACAUGAUCUGCAUCAGCAGGUCGAAUCAAGUAUUAUCGAAGGACACACUUGCUUGCUUGAUACUGAAGCGCAAUGUAACCUCGAUAGUUUAUCCGAGCUUGUGAAGCUUGGAUUCCGUGUCGUUAUGGACACUGAUAUUGAAAACUCCUUCAUCGUUACGAAGGGGGAACAGUAG